GAUAUAUAAGGGAUGGACAUCAGAAAACGUUUUAUGUUCUUUCACUUCUUUGUGAUCUUUAUUUUGUUAACUUGUGAUAGUCAUCUACCUUCAGAGUUCAUGACCACUUCUUCAGCAACGACAAAAGAAAGCAGUGGAAAGUUUUCUAGUAUUCACAUGACAAGAUGGAUCCAAGAACAAAUCAACGGAACCGUAAACAUAUGCUCAGAUAUUUUAGGGACGAAAUGGAAGAAUGAUUUCAAGAAAACACACAAUCAGUGUCGGACAUUGAAGGUAUGGGUGCCAAAGAAAACCGUGUUCACUGAAUUCGUAAAUGUCAACGACAAUGGUGAACUGAAAGGAGGAUUCUCCAUAGCUAUAUUCUGCUUAGUGUUACAAGAAGUACCUUUCAGGAUUCAACCUGUUUUUGUACCAUUAGUGGAUGAAAUGGGCAGAAGCAGGGAUUCCUAUGAUGAGCUUGUUCAAAAAAUUGAAAACAAGAGUUGCGAAGCUGUGGCUGGAGACAUUACUAUCACAGCAAACCGAACAGAAUAUGUUGAUUUUACAGUACCAUAUAUGAGUUCUGAAAUAUACAUGCUUGUUCCGGCUGCACAAAAAUGGAACCAAAGCCUGGUGACUUUAUUGAGACCUUUUUCGCCAAGACUUUGGCUCACAAUAAUUGGUGCUUCUUUAUUUAUUGGGAUAGCUAUUGGGAUUCUAGAAUACCGUGUAGGCAACCCUGAAUUUAACGUUCCUUUCUAUCAAAAACUAGUUAUGAUUAUUUGGUUUCCUCUUUCGACAUUUUUCUUCGAUGAAGGAAGAAUACAAAACAGGUGCUCUAAAAUUGUGCUUGUCAUAUGGCUAACCACAAUCUUCAUAGUAAUACAGAUCUUCACAGCAUGCUUAUCCUCAUGGUUGGUUGUAAACCAACUGCAACCAAAAGUGCCAAAACAGUACCAUGUAGUUGGAUAUCAAACUGGUUCUUGUGUUGCAGAUUUUGCAAAUGAUCGGGCGCAGUGUCCCUCAACCAUAGAUAGGCUACACCCAUUAUCAAGCAUGGAUGAUUAUAAGAAUGUUUUGGAUAAGGGCAUGGUAGAUGCCAUAUUUGAUGAGCUUCCUUAUGUUGAACUAUUUAUAGCCAAGUAUGGAGAUAAUUACAUGAAGGUUGGACCACUGGCUGCAGAACCUGGAUUAGGAUUUGCUUUCUCUCGUGGAUCUCCUUUACAACCAGAUUUUUCACGGGCCGUUGUAAAAGUAAUUGGAAGUCCAGAUAUGACGCAAGCGAAAAAAGAGUAUCUCGGAAUUCAAACUCCUCUUCCAGCACAAGCACAACCAGCUGAUUCCUUCCCGCAAAGUCUUGACGUUCAUAGUUUCUUUUUACUCUUCAUAUUUAUGGGUCUUGCAACUAUAAUGGUUAUUAUUUACUCAGAAAUCUAUCUCAUGCGUACAACGGCACCAAUCUUUCCUGUGAUAUCAAGACUAGUUAAACUUUCAGUUCAAACUAGUCCUGCAAACUCAACACAAGUUGUUGAAAUGAGCAGUAGCGAUCAAUAAGCUGUGCUUAAUAUGCAAUAUUUCAGCUUAUAUGGUUAACAUGCUUCUAUAUUCGAAGCAUAAAUAUACUGUUUGUGUGUGUUAAUGUAUAGAGGCAUGCAUGUUAUGUAAAAUUAAAUAUAUUGUUUGUGUGUGUUAGUGUUAGAGUCAUGCACGUUAUGUACAUUUAUAUUUCAUUUUGGACUGGUACAUGUGGAACUUCACACUCUAUAUAUAAUGUAAUACUCGAGCACAAA